UUUUUGAAGAUAGAUUAUCGAUGAUUCUAACUCAGCCAAUAAUUGUAUGUUUUGUAGCGAUUAAUCUAAUCCCAUAAGUUACGCUAAUCCCCAUAAACUACGUCUAACCUUAUUCUAAAGCCACGUUGAUUUACUAAUACAUAAACUGCGCUCCUAAUCACUCUAAAAAUUUACAUUUCUCACCUUUAAUUUUAAUAGUAACUGUAAAAAAGAAACGAUAAAGUAUAGAGUUUUUAUCCCUAUAUUAUUGUCAGGGUAGUGACCAUUACAAACGAAGGAAAGCUUGAAUAAUUCUUCUUCAGUUUGGUGGCAACCAUGAAAUGUCUUUCUUGUUGGUUUAGUACGUCGAAAGAAUGUCGUUAUAACUCCGCGUCGACGAUACUAUUUUCUUCUGUAACAGCAACCUUACUUUCUUUGAUUCUUUUACACGUGAACAUUAUGUGAUCGCAUCUCAAUGUUAGUAUUAAAAGAAAGUGUUUUUUAUUGUGAUAUUUAGUUUCAAUAAAGUGCGGUAUUCGCAGCAGUCAUUCGUUCGUAUGAGAUGACUGAAAAGUCUAAAACAAUGAGUCACGUAAAACACAUUCCGAAAGACGCUCAAGUUAUUAUGUCGAUUAUGAAAGAUAUGGGAAUCACGGAUUAUGAGCCAAAAGUCAUCAAUCAAUUACUUGAAUUCACAUAUCGUUAUAUUACCUGUAUAUUAGAUGAUAGUAGAAUAUACGCGAAUCAUGCGAAAAAGAAGUUUACCGAUUUAGAUGAUGUAAGAUUAGCCGUGAAAAUGCAAUUGGAACGUACCUUUACAAAUCCACCACCAAGAGAUGUAUUAUUGGACGUGGCUCGUGCCAAGAAUAAUAUACCGUUACCAUUCGUUAAACCAAAUAAUGGUCUGAGGCUACCACCUGAUAGAUAUUGUUUGAAUGCAACAAAUUACAAGCUAAAGAAUGUUACAAAGAAAACUGUUACGAAAUCUGUGCAUUCGUUAGUUGGUAAUAAUAUAUCCGGAGUACAAUCUAGAAUCAAAGUAGAAGGAGGCAAGACUGGUCUUUCAAUAGUCAAAAGACCAGGCACUUUGACUACUGUUGCCCGUACCCAGACAAUAUCUAUACCAAAGCCGGUAUUAAAAUUUUCAACAGCACCAACUGGAACAAACACGGUUAAAGCUCAAAUACCAAAACCAAAAGUACAAUUAACAUCUGGACAAACUAUGCCACUUAUGAAAAUAGAAACAGAUGAUUCUGUAAAAAGAAAAAGAGAAGAUGAUGAUUAUGACGUCCCGUAAAAGUAUAACAUAGAUAUAAUAUAUUUAUAUUUGUUGCUUUUUUUGUUAUACAAUAACAAAACAUUUGAUUUGGACAAUAUGAAGAAGUAGAUAUAUUAAUAUGUCCAUAUCAUAUGUAUAUUAAUAUAUCUACUCUUUCAUAUUCUUACCUUAUAACUUAAUUUUUAUUUGAUUAUUAAACAAAACAAUCAUAUUAAUAAUUCCAUAAUCAUAAAUAUUCAAUCGUAAAAUAACAGUAUGAAGCCACAAAACUUGUUAUAUCACAAUUAUUAUAAGCAUUGAAAUCAAUAAUUUUACCAAUUAAUUUACUCUAUUUUGGUACUAGAUAUGUUAUGUUAUAUUAAAUUAAAAGUAAAGUAGAUAAGAUAAUAUUAUAAUGAGAAAACAUUUGAAAGCUUUAUUUUAAGAUCUUGAUUAUUUAGAAGCAUAUUACGUACUAUGUAAUGUUUACAAGAAUAGACUAUUGGGUAUAUUUUAAUUUAUAUUAGAGAUCAUUUUUCAUUGUGCCAAUAAUUAUAAAAUUAUCGAAAAUAUGAAUUAUUUAAGGUUACCUGGAUUUUAAAUGUAUUUCGAUGUUUACUUGGCAGAAUACAAAAGUAUACUAACUCUGAAAUUAUCAAAUUGAUCAAAAAUUCGUUUUUAUCAAUAUUAUAUCCAAUCGACGAUCUGGAGUUCGAAAUUUAUAUAUAUUAUGAUAUUAAAUAAUAAUUAUUUCGUAUUUAUUAAAUAUUACGACAUAAAAUGGAUCUCCAAAAGAAAAACGACAGAAAAACAUAAUGGAUAAAGAUAACCUUGUAGAUGGUAUGGAAACGAGUUCGUAUCUUGAUGUUUAUAAAAAUAAUAUAUAAUAUAUACCUGCAGAAAGUAUAAA